CUUUUUUUUUUUUUUAAUCAUUAUAAGUCCUUGACUUCUAUCGUUGUCUAUAUCAAAAGUUCAGGGUGACAUUAUUAUAUCAAGGGCAAUUACAAAUGGCUUCUUUUUUUUUCUUUUUUUUUUUUUGUUAUCUUUAACUAGCAAAUAUCAGAUGACAUAUUUUUGUUUCUACCUUUGGCUUGGCGCUCGUAAGUACUUUAGACCACAAAGCUGGAAAUAAAACAAACAUGUUUUAUCGUAAUCUCUCUGCUCUUUAUAAAUCGAUAAACCUCCUGGACCGGUGGUAACACACCUUCACAUUAUUUUCAAUGCUAUUGCCAUACAACUCGGGACCGCCACAAUACACACAGCAUACGCAGAUCAACACGGCUUUAGUGCCUUCGUUCCUCAUUAGUGGAUGCUUUGUAAGGCAAAACCAAAUUUGUCCAGCUGACCGUGCCAAAGACAAAUAGUAUAUGUAGUAUUACUGAAUUCAGUCAAUCGGACAUCAAUAUAUUUAUAAACCUGUCCGAUAUAUCGACUUUAGACAAAAUGUAUUGUGUUUAAUAUAUAAUAUUAGUUUGGAUAUAUACAAAACUCGAUACGUACGACUGAAGUUCAAGGCAACGUGGUUGUUUUGGCCAUUCCGGACCUGAGCUAUAUGUCAAAAAGGUGCUGUUCCAGUGAUAUUAAACUAUUAACAGAGAUGCUUGUGUGACUUGAGAAGUAGGGUACAGUAUGUUCGAGAAGAUCGUUACAAUGAAUGACUUGCAACCAGUCCACCUCGAUCUGUUUGACCACCAGGUGUCAGGGCACCACCUCAUGCUGCAGUAUGACGACACGACACUGUGUAAAAGUUUGACGCCCCGCGAGCAUCGGUUCUAUGAAAACCUGCCACAUGAGCUCAAACAGUUUGUACCAGAAUACCGAGGUGUGAUAGAGGUUCAGAUAGAGGAAGACAGCGAGGGUUACAUAACUCUGAUAGGCCGCCCCCAGGAGCUGUGUGAUACCUUGAUGAACAACUCGCGCCAGUCACACGAUCCCACCGACACGGGGUCUGCAGCGUCUAAUGGAGGUGACACUGACACAGUGGCAGCAUCAAAAACAAAUGUAAUCCGGUUGUUGCGUAACGGGAAUAUAGAGGUGAACUCUAAGAAGGACGAUGUGUCAUGGCAUGACAAGUCUGGUAUCAACCCUUGGAGCUUGAAGUGCCACAAAGAAAACCUGUCCAAACUGAGUCGAGUGGGCCAGGACAUGAACAAGUGCAAAUUUAUAUUACUAGAAAACGUAGUUGCUCAAUUUAAGAAUCCCUGUGUUCUUGACCUCAAGAUGGGCACACGGCAACAUGGUGAUGACGCUUCGCCUCAGAAAAAAGAUCUUCAGGUGAAGAAGUGUGCAGCCACAACAUCUAAGUGCCUAGGAAUGCGGCUUGGUGGAAUGCAGGUCUAUCAACCAAAAACUGGAACAUAUAUCACCCAUGAUAAAUAUUAUGGACGCAGUCUGAACACUGAAGGCUUUCAGCAGGCCCUCUACCAGUUCCUGCACAACGGGUUCGAACUGCGGAGCUCGCUGAUCGAGCCGAUCAUCCAGCGUCUGGUGAAACUGUCACACAUCAUACAGCAGCAAGACACAUUCCGCUUUUACUCCAGCUCCUUGCUCAUCCUCUACGAUGGGGCGUACCGGACAGCAGACCACCACGCAGGGGAAGCCAGCGCCAAUUCCAGGCCGCAUACCGUGCACGAUGACGAAGUCGCCACAGGAGACAAGGACAAGGAAAAUGGCGAUUGUAUGGACAAGACGGAAGACAAGCUUGAUGUCAGGAUGAUAGACUUCAGUCACGCCACCUUCGAUGGCUUCGACGACGAUCUCAUUCACACUGGACCCCAUUCCGGUUAUCUGUUCGGUUUAGACAACCUGAUUAGAAUGUUCCGUGCUUUACAGGCCGACUGCAGUCGAGGACUGUAGUCAGUAUUUGACAAUUUCACAAGUGACUUACAAUUUUCUACUUGAUUAUGAACAGUAAUUUGUUAUGAAUGUUUUUUUAAUUUAAAAAAAAUCAGGGUUCAUACGGGUUCAUAUGGAAAUCGAGGAAAGUAAUCGGAUUUGUAUUUGCUAUUUUUGCAGGUCUGGAAUGACAUAGAGGUUGGAGUUAGGUUCUGAAAAGUCAUGGAAGUCGAAAAUUAGUUUUUUAAAUUUUAAUUCAAAAUAACACAAAUAAGAUAUACAAUUCAUAUCCAAACAUAGUAAUUUUGUUAGACAUUUAGAUUAUGUUAAAUACAUGCCUUUAUUUAAAGUUUUGGAAUUUACUUAAUAAAUAAGUGUUUGAAGCCUCGAAAAUAUGAAGAACAGUGUUUUUAUAACUGUUCAAUGAAAUUUUAAUAAUAGGAAAAAUACAGACAACGGAUAGCAAAAGAAUUUAAAAUAAAUUUUGCUUAUGCAUUUUAUUUUGCUUAUUUUUCUACAUGCAUAAUUGUAUUAAUGAAAUUCAAUAAUAAUAAAUGCAUAUCAUACCUUUUAGUUCUAAGCACUUGUAAUGUUAAUCAGGAAACAAAAUGUGUGUGUAUACAUUUUGCAUUGUUCACACCCAACGUCAAGUCACAAAAGUUAUAGGCACACCUUAUUUCUAUUGCAAAUAUGUAUUGCAUAUAUCAGCAGGAACAUGUGCAAGGGUACGUAUUCACGAAAAUGGCAUAUCGGCAUAUCGCAGUAUUAAUCCAGUUUUCAGUUGGUCUAUUUAGGUUUAUUUGUGAUAAUAUAGCACAAUAAUAAUUGAUUCUAGCAGAUUUUUGAUAGUAGAUUCUUCAUUUUUAUCGUUUUGGGAGUCGCUGAACUAUUAUCAAAACUUGACAAACAUUAUAUAUUUAAUAUUCUUUUUUUGUUACUUUUUCAUUGGAAUCAAAAUAUUAAAAAUGGCAAAAGUGGCUUCUUAGUUUGUCGAGAUAAUUUUUAAAACUGAGUAACCAAUUUGACCAACUGAAACUGGAAAAAGCUCAUUCUAUCUAGUCUGGGAUAAAUUGCAGUAUUUGCUUGUCCACUUGGGGAAGUAGUUGGUUCCAUGUCAGAUAAUUGUAUUUAUGUUUUCAGCAAUAACUGUUUAAUACCAGAGUAUAAGAAAUAACUUCUCAUUUACGUUUUUCUGUCUUAUUCAGUGGCCUUGUUAACAAAGCAGUAACGGGUCAAAUUGUUGGUUUUGUGUUUUUGCAAUUUCGUCAAUGUUUAAUAAAAAAUGAUUGUCAUCUUAUAUGUAUAGGUGUGUUUGUGUGUGUGUAUAUAUCUAUAUAUAUAUAUACACACACACACACACACACACACACACACACACACACACACACACACAGAGAGACCGGCACACACCCACACUCACACAGGCAGACACACACACACACAGACACACAGGUGUGUGUGAUAUGAAUUUUGUUAUACAUGUCUACACUACAGUGGUGAAAAAAGGCAUCAUUGUGGCUGUUAGUCAUUUGAUUGGAAUUGUUUUUUAAUUAUUAAAAAAUAUCCUGGAAUCAGUAACCUAUUAUAUUGAUAUGGGUUGUAAUGGUUACAAAUUAGUGACUUCGUUAGUACUAAUGUACAGUUAGCUAAUUCAGGGAUUUUUCCACAGGGUAAAAUCACAUUAAAAAAUGGGUAAAAAUGUGUACAGGGUAUAGAUCUGUAAUUUUAAAAUUGCAGUGACAUUGUAUUGAAAAAAUAGUUUUACAAUUGUUUAAGUAAUAUCUACAUUUUCCAUACGAUUAACAUACAACAGUGAAACCCAGGCUUAGUUCAUUUAUCAUUAUUGGUAACUAUUCAACAAAGUGAUGUGAUGAAGGGUAAAAUGGACUGAACCAUUAAUACUGAACACUGAAAAAAAUCUUGACAGAAACCAUGACGUGACAUAUUUUUAACUGAAUUGGUUUUGUUUCUAGUCCCACAGGCUGGUAGGUACUGGGUUCGGAUCCCAGUCGAGGCUUGGAAUUUUUAAUCCAGAUACCGACUCCAAACCCUGAGUGAGUGCUCCACAAGGCUCAAUGGGUAGGUGUAAACCACUUG